UAAUUGAUUUUCUAGUUAUAGGGCCCAUUUUUCUUACUGAAGUCGCCGAUGUCGAGAUAUCCACGUGCGUUUCGUAUUAAUAAAACAAGUAAACCUUUGAAGUGAUCCAUAAAAUAAUAAAAUAAAUUACUUCAAAUAAGAUUUUAAUUCAUCAAUAAAAAUUGCACGGAGAUUUUGAUUUUUUUAAUUAUUUUAAGAAUUAAUAAAAAAGUUUAAUAAUUAUUUUGAAAAUGUACGCAUUCAAGCCGCACGUGUUAACUGCACGCUCUUUAUAUAGUAUUACAAAACCUGAAGGAAGAAUGGACGUAAUAUUAUGCUGUGAUGGUAAAAAUUUAUAUUUUAACGACAACCCUGAAUUGGAUAGCGAAUUUCAUAAUAUCUGGGAGUAUAAUUUAGCUGGACAACAAUGGAGAUUAUUGUCUUCAAUAAGACGUCUAUACAAAUCACCAGAUUUAAUCACUUAUGAUGUAAUUGCUGGUACUGCAUUUGAAUCAAAUUAUUUAGUUAUUUCCACACUACAAGACCAAUACAGCAUACAAAGAACUUUCAAUGACGAACUAUCAAGCCCUACAUGUCAAUUACAUGUGUGUGAUUUGAAGAGUAAAAGAAGUCUUGUUCGAAGGACAAGUGGACAAAUUCCAAAUCGUUCCGUUGAAAAUAAUUUCAUUCGCCAUGGAAAAUAUUUGUAUUUUGUCGGAAUCGAAAAAGAUUAUGAAACCUCUUACGAUGUAUAUAAAUUAAAUAUGGAAAAUGAUGUAUGGGAAGUUGUCUAUACCUGUCGAGGACUUGAUGCUAAUGAACCAGUUAAUGGAUCGGAUCAUACUUUAGUUUAUAGUAACAAUAUGAUUUAUAUAUUCGGUGAUUGUUAUCAUGGUACCAUCAGAGAGAGUUCAUUUUCGUUUCUCAAAAUAUCGGCGUUUGAUUUGGAAAAAAGCUGCUGGAAAAUGAUAGACACUUAUGGUGAUGAAAAUCACACACCGCAAUAUCCAGCUGAUAGACAAGCAUUCGGUAUAACGAGUUAUACUGAUCCCGAUUCUGGUGAAAUCAACGUAAUAAUAUCUGGAGGAGCGGAUUUUCAAUUAAAUAUUAACGGUGGGCAUAUAAUCGAUGAGAGUGGCUAUUUUGAGUUUGAUGAUGUCUGGAGAUUGAAUCUCACAAAUUUAAAAUGGACGUGUCUCGAGAGAUUUGGUACUGUCUUACCUUCUCACGUUAAUAGUCAUUCAACAAGCAUUUCUCCUGCUGGAAAAUUGUUUAUAUUUGAUCAACAUAUUUCUGAUAAUGACAAGUAACAAAAAACUCGCAAUUCUGCCUUAUUCUCAACUUGGAUCAGGAUUCCCAAACUCACAGACAUUUGCUGGGAAGCUGUUUUACAUUACUAUCCAGACUUGAAAUCAAUGACUGACAAAGAAAUCAUUUCCCUCGGAAUUCCAUUGCAGUCAUUCAAGUCGCGUAUUGAUAAGUAAAAUAUUUAUAAAUCAAUUUUUUGUAUUUAUUCUUUUAACUAAAACACCCUAGCUCUUAAAAUUGUAAGGGUUGUAAAUUUAUUGUAAACCAAAUUUAUUACUCUUCAGUUAACCAAUCGCAGAUAAAUUUUUAAUGAGUCAAGUACAGAUUUUUUUUUAAUCAAAAAUUUUUUCUACAAAUAUUGAAGAUAAAUAAACCAAUUGUCGAAAUUUUUAUAAAAUUUACUGUUAAUUUUAUAUUAA